GGCCUCGGCUUUUAUCUGCUUCCCGCGCUCAUCACACCUUCUCCCGUUCAUCCUCCGGCUUCCGUGCUUCGUAGCUCUUCUGUCUCUUCCUCCUCAGCUAUUCUAAUGUCAUCAUACGCAGACGUCACCGCAAAGGACGCUUCUCAGUCCGUUGAGGAGAAAUCCGCAAAACCCCUCCCCGAGCUCGAGAAGACGACGCAGAACGUCGCAUCCGACGCAGCAGCGUUCGUCGACAAAGCCGCGAGCUCGGUCGAGGAUGCCGCGGUCUCGAUCCAGAAAGAAGCAAAGAGCUGGGAUUCAAAAGACGAUUUCCCUGAUCCGACCAAGGCGCUGAGAGAGACCGCUGCGGAUGCGCUCGACAAAGGCGCAAAGAAGAUCGCGCCCAAGAAAGAUCUGUCGACGAAGAUUGCCGAGGCCGCGCAGCCGGCUAUCGACGCGCUCAAGAAGUUCAUCAGCGUCGCGUCCGAGAAGGCCGACAAGGCGGCCGCGAAGAUCAAGGUCGAGAUCAAGAACCCGGUUGUGGCGGCCAACGUUGCGCUCUGGACCGGCGUGCUCGCUGCUGCCAUCAGCUACGGCGCCGUCGUCUUCAAGAACGGCGGUCGCGCUCCGCCUCUGCCAGAGAUCUUCUACGGACCUAACGGUGCAAAGGCCAGAGUGGCCGCUGUCACUGCCAUUAUUGCUGCUUUGCAUGGAGAUGCUCUUGCUACUGCGACGUUGUAUCCCAAGUACAAGAAGUGAUAUGUUAAUAGUUUCCUUUAGUUUAGUUUAGUUUUAGUUCUUCAUACACCUCUGCUCGUUCAGACAGACUAUUCUUGUUCUUUCUGCUUUAUUUAUUAGAAGAAGUUCUUCAACUGUUGUUCAAUAUAUCGACCUAUUACCUUGAU